CAAAGCCCUGGUCCGGCCAUGGCGCCAGGCCUAUGCCCAGUAUGGUGCUAGAGGCACAAAAAAUCCUAAUAUGAGGGGGAAAAAGGUGUCUCUAGGAUUAAAAUAAUCUUAGGUAUUGUGGCACCAGGAAAGGCAGAGCCAAAGGGAAUGUUGUCUGGAGAGCUUGGGGGCUCCAUGUCUCAUGGGCAUGGCAGGAAGACUCCACAGGGAAGAUUCCAACUUCCAGGUGGACUAAAAAUGGGCUGAUUUAACCCAUUGCUGAGCCAGAAGUUCAAGAUCUUUGAGUGCAAGUGUUUAGGGCCUGACCCAGCACCACUUGGCCCCAGGUCCAUGGCACAGGGCAGGGGGAAGCAGCUGCUAUGUUGUGAGGUGGUGUCUCCCUCAGGGCUGUGCUGUGGGUGUUGGGCAGGGUCACCCUCAGCCCUCCAGGGUGGGACUGAGCAGGUAAAAGCUUAUUGUUGUUCCCCUGGGUGGGACCUGAGCUGUGUACACAGUGAGGGGUAUCUGUAUGGACUGGGAGCCGAUAUACUGGGGCUGCACUCCAUGGUGGCCCCUCAGGGUGGGGGAGGUAGCUGCCUGAGGGGAAAAGAGCUUUAAUUUUCCCCCACCUCCAAAAAGAAAGACCUAGAUAUUUAAUAUAUAAUUGGUCCUCUAAAUGUACCCUUAGGUGCUUCCAAACAAGCUCUGCCCAAAGGCUUGUAUGUCUAGGUCAUCCUCUCCUUGCCCACAACUCCAUUUCCCCCUGCCUCAUCCCAGCCCACCCCAGCCACUGCUCCACCCCAAACUCAAAUGCUCCUUUGGUACAGUGGAAGAAGGAAGGGACUCAGAACCCCACUGGGCUGUGGGAUCCCCCUGGGUUAUGGAGUGCACUACAGCCUGUCUCUGCCACAGGGAGUCAGAGGGUGUCCCCAGCACUGCAAUCCGAGAAAUCUCACUGCUGAAGGAGCUGAAGCACCCUAACAUAGUCAGGCUCCUAGAUGUCAUACACAGCCAGAAGAAGCUCUAUAUAGUGUUUGAGUAUCUGAAUCAGGACCUGAAGAAGUACAUGGACUCAUGCCAAGCUGGAGAGCUUCCUUUAAGCUUGGUCAAGAACUACCUUUUCCAGAUGCUGCAGGGUGUGAGCUUCUGCCACUCGCACAGGGUCAUCCACAGGGACUUGAAGCCACAGAACUUGCUCAUUAACGAAGCAGGAGCAAUCAAGCUGGCUGAUUUUGGACUGGCAAGAGCUUUUGGGGUCCCCCUACGCACAUACACUCAUGAGGUGGUGACCCUGUGGUACCGAGCCCCCGAGAUACUGCUGGGAUGCAGAUAUUACUCGACCCCUGUGGAUAUCUGGAGCAUUGGCUGCAUCUUUGCAGAAAUGAUGACCAGGAAGGCCCUGUUUCCAGGGGACUCUGAGAUUGACCAGCUCUUCCAGAUCUUUCGCACCCUGGGCACUCCCACUGAGGUGACCUGGCCUGGUGUGACCCAGCUCCCUGACUACAAGGGCAGCUUUCCCCGGUGGCCAAGGAAGGAGAUGAAGGACAUUGUUCCAAAUUUAGAUCGAGAUGGGAGAGACUUACUGACACAAUUACUCCUGUAUGAUCCCAGCAAGCGCAUCUCAGCCAAAGCAGCCCUCAACCAUCAGUACUUCCUCUGCAGAAGUGCUGGGAGCCCUGAACAGCGACCCGUGCUGUGGAGAGACUGCAGAUGAGAGGACACAGCUCUCCCCAAGCUCUUGCACCUCCAGGUAGCACUGCAGAUCUGGUCUGGGGCACUUAGCAGAGGCCUGGCUGGAGCCCAGGGUCUUUGUUCUCCUGAGGAGCCUGGAAGGGGACGUUCUUGCCAUUUAGAGACUUUCAAUCUGUUGUUGGGGGAAAGUUUGGGUUACAGCCAGGAGAGCUGUUUAGAAGAGGUCAUAUACAAAAGGUGGGGGUAAUUUAUCAGCAUAAACUACUGAAAUGUAGAGAAGAGAGCAUCUCUCUGAGGUUUAUUCUUCCACUAGUGAGCUAAGGUGACACACAGUGACUUCUGUCUCCAUCCCUGGGUCUGUUGGUGGCUGUUGCUAGCACCAGGGAAGGGGGGACACUUCACUGCUCAGCGCUUUGCUGCUGUUAUCAGCCAGGCUUCUCAGCACUAGACAAGCUGUUUAGGCUGAGCUGUUUAACAGAGCUGACAUCCUGCUCUUUCACAAGCUGAAGAGUGUCAGUUUGUGCCUUAGCUGGGACCAAGAAGCCAAAAGAUCCAGUUAGCAUAAAGCAGAUCCAGUUAGGAUAAAACACUUGCUGCAUAUGGCUGGAAACAGGCAGCAGCUAAACCACUGGCUUUCCAUCAUCAUUCCAGAUGUAAUGCUGUUUCCUUUGCUUUAUUGACUUGGAAAUGUUUUUGCUGUUCAAAGGUUUGGGGGAUUGUCUCUGACUCUUGGUGUGGUAUUGACAUCUUAAUUUCUUUUUCUUCUGUAUAAAAUAAAUACUCGUCAUUUGUUCAGAAACCUUGGUGUUAUUGUUUUGGCAAAUCUCAGAAGGCUGGUAAUGCAGGACAGCC